GGACACUAUGAACGAGGAGCAGUUCGUGAGCAUCGACUUGGACGAUGACAACGUGUGCAGCGUCUGCAAGCUGGGGACCGAGAAGGAAACACUUUCGUUUUGCCAUGUUUGUUUUGAGCUGAACAUCGAAGGAGUACCAAAGUCAGAUCUUCUACAUACAAGAUCUAUAAGGGGACACAGAGACUGCUUUGAAAAGUUCCACUUAAUAGCAAAUCAGGACUGUCCACGAUCAAAACUCUCUAAAAGUCCAUAUGCAGAAGUAAAAAAUAUCUUGAGCAAGAAGAUUAACUGGAUCAUACAGUACGCACAAAACAAGGAUUUAGACUCUGAUCCCGAAAGCUCAAAAACAUCCCAACAUCAGCUUUUUAACUUCAGGCACCAGACUGAUAGAAAAUUACUCCCACAGUUUGACUCCCCAGUACCAAGGUACUCUGCAAAAUGGAUAGAUGGGAAUUCUGGAGGCAUCUCAAGCUGCUCACAAACUCUUUUGGAACAAAGAGAAUCCACUGAUUUCGGACUUGGUGUGUUACAAGAAACAGGUGCUACCUUCUGUUGCAGCAGUGUGUUGUGGCCUAAUCACAAACAAGUCCAGAAAGCCGAGAAAGCCCAAAGUGAUUCACUUACCAGUGUUCGUAGGAGGCAUCCUCAGUACAGCAGGGAAGAACUGACUGUGAUGACUCCUGCAGAGUUAAAGCAACUUAAUGAAAAACUGCUCAAGCAAAUCCAGGAUGUGUUUGAAGAGCUGACGCAGCAAGUCCAGGAGAAGGAUUCUCUGGCCUCGGAGCUCAACGUCCGUCACAUUGCUAUUGAGCAGCUGCUAAAGAACUACUCCAAACUGCCGUGUCUACAGAUGGGACGAGCCGGGAUGAAAUCAAAUGUCCCCAUAUAAAGGGACACAACUCCUGUCCCCCUAUAGACCCAACUUUCCCUAACGGCUUUG